AUGACGAAAUCACCACUAUAUAACCCCCCAAGUAUAUCCUUAGAGCACACACCGACACUCAUCACACAGGCUGUUUCAAUAACCUCUCAAUUGAUGUCUUCUUUGCUUUUCAUACUCUUUCUUUCCUUCACUGUGGCCAAUGCAGCUACUUUCAAUAUCAUAAACAAUUGCCCCUACACGGUCUGGGCGGCUGCCUCCCCAGGGGGAGGCAGAAGACUUGAUCGUGGUCAAAACUGGCUCCUUAAUGUGAACCCUGGCACAGCAGGAGCCCGCAUAUGGGCUCGGACAGGUUGCCAAUUUGAUGGAGCUGGGCGUGGGCGUUGCCAGACUGGUGACUGUGGGGGGCUUCUCCAAUGUCAAGGCUAUGGGUCAGCCCCUAAUACCUUAGCUGAAUACGCCCUGAACCAGUGGAACAACCUUGAUUUCAUUGAUAUUUCUGUUAUUGAUGGGUUUAAUGUUCCAAUGGAAUUCAGCUCAGUGUCCGGAGGGUGCAACCGUGUGAUAAAAUGUGUAGGGGAUAUUAUUGGACAGUGCCCGAACGAGCUGAGGGUCCCUGGUGGAUGUAACGGGGCAUGUCCCGUUUUCAAGACCGAUCAAUAUUGCUGUAAUUCUGUUAAUUGUGGACCUACACCUUACUCCAGGUAUUUCAAGGAUAGAUGUCCAAAUGCUUACAGUUACCCUAAAGAUGAUGCAACAAGCACAUUUACUUGUCCAGGUGGUGCGAACUAUAAGGUUGUGUUUUGUCCUUGAAGUACGUCUUCUUCAUGCAGCAUUACGUUGAACUAUAUGAUAUGUAACUAAUUAAAUAAGAGCUCAGUGCUAGCUUUGCAAACAUAUGUACUGCCGUAUGCUGCUAUCCUGAAUGGUACUCAAGUGUGAUAAUAAAACUUUCAUUAAGUUUAUCAGCUUCUUUUAAAAUUUA